AUGCGUUGGCGGCGGAAGUCCCAGGUUCAAGAGGACUCCUUAGAGGUGGCCAAGGAGGUGAAGGAAGGAGACCUAAUACUUUCCUCUAGCUCCGGCAGCGUGAAAAUGGACAAGGACAUGACACUGACUCUUGAGCCCCUGCUACAAGUGUGUAAGGAGACUACUCUUCCAGGGGAAGCUGAGAAAUGGAAGGCGACGUCUAUGCAGGAAUUACAGGGUGCUAAUGAAUUGGAGUGUGGUAACUUUGGUCCUCCUCUUUCGCAACAACAUACAAUCACCGAGGAGUCUCCAGCUCCAUCUCCUUCUCCACUCCGAGCCCAGACAGAAGGGCUCCAACAUGAUAAACACAGCAGUUCAACACACCUGUCCUCCAUUCCAACCUGCGCUUUGACCCCACCAAUGGAGCACAGCACAGCCGACCCACAAUCCGAGCAAUCUGUGGAUCGCCUAUGUUCCAUGUUCACCGAUGUUACUUCACUAAAGAGUUUUGAUUCUUUAACAGGCUGUGGUGACAUCAUCGCUGAUCCAGAAGAGGAUUCUGGGAAUGGGGGAAGUGCCACGAGCAGUGGAACCGGUAGCAGUAGUGGGGGAUGCAUGGGUCGCAGAUUAAGCGGAGCCGGGACAAAUUCAGAGAGAUGCUCUCCUGCCAAGCCUCCACUUCGUCCUCAGGUCAGUAGUCUUACAUCUAUCCAUGCUUCUUGCUACAUGCCAGCCCACCAAAGACCACGUGCACCCCCUAAAAAGCCACAAGGCAGUGGAGUUGUCGCCUACAUGGGUGGAGGGGAGGAGAUGGCUAGUCCAGAGGGUGUUAAUGAUGCUGACAUGCAGGGUCUAUGGCAUAUGCUGCCCCAGAAGGGUGAAGACUCCCCAGCCCCACGACGUACAGAGCCUGUCCUCCAUCAUGCACCAAAUCGGCUUGAGAAGAGGCCACCACAAGUAAAGGCACUUGGCUUCAGUAAGAUCCCUGUGAGCGGAGGUAGCAAGAUGGGAAAACAGCAACCCUCACAUCCCUCACCUCCCCCUGUCGAUAAAGAACUCCAGGAUGCCCCACCAAGUGAUGAAGGCUACUGGGAUUCUCCCACACCUGGCCCAGAUGAUGAGGACAGCACCUUCCUACGUCGGGAAGGUUUGCUGAGGGAUAGCUGCUCUGGAGAUGCACUUUAUGACCUCUACGAUCCCGACAGCCCUAGCGCUGCUGGCUCAGACGAUGACGUGAGUUCACCAACAAAAUCUGCAGGUGAUCUGAAAAUGAACUUGCCUUCCCCGAAAUGCUCGUCUUCUGCCACUUCCUCAUUCCGUUCCAUGAAAGGCAGCACCAGCCUACCUCGAGAUUCCAAGAUCCCUAUUAGUGUGAGGCAAACACCACCUUCCCACUCUUCCAGCCAAGGCACACUGUCUUCCAAUCUUAGCCCCACUUUAACCACCCCUCCUAAAAAGACUGAUGCUCCACCACGCACUCGAAUCCCUGUCUCGAAGGUUCCUGUCCGUCGUUCUGGCAACAAGAGCACCCCCACUUCACAAAGCAGGAAGUAAAGAUCUUGGAGGCCCAUCAGAUUUCUGACAAUACAAAUCUAUCACAAGAGCUUUAGGCCAAAACACAAUGUUUUUGAUAUAAAGCAAUCACUUACACUUCUUUGAUUUCACCCAUCUACUGCGGACUAUAUCUUUAUCUGUUUUUAUAUCUUCAAAAUUAAUUUUUUGUGAUGUCGCAUAUUACACCCUAAUGAGUUUUGUAGAAUGCACUGCAAUAUGUAACAUUACAUUCAUAAUAAUGUAAACUUAAGGGUUAUUUUUUACACCAGCCUUUCACAGAGAAAUAAUAAGCUGAGAAUGCUGAUCUUAAGAAGAAUGUUUAAUAUCAAAAAGCUUCUUAUUCCCUUCCAUUGGAUCAGUGCUGUGCUAAUUUCUUGCUCUGUCAUCCCACAAGCACUGUGUAAAACACAGCUGCAGUCUUUUAUCUCUCCAGUAUUUUACAUGUAAUGAAUUCAGAUAAUGGUGUGAGACUAAA